UCCCCCUAGGCCGCUGCAUCAGGAAAGACUCUCCAUCGCGGAAUUCCUGUCUCGGCUGGGCUCUGCCCCUCACCCGUUCUGGACCAUAAUACUAAGCUCCUGCACAGCUUUAUUUUGUGUGCAGCAGGGAGAUGGAGGAGAAAGGCGAACGUUCUGUUGCUGCGGUUUGGUCCUCAAGGGGAGGAGCCAGUUGUUGAUUCUACGCUGCAAAAAUAAGGCGCUGUACCGAGGUAAAGGACUGCUAACAGUGGAGAGGAGGCCUCCAAUGAUGGGGAGUUAAACAGUUCUGGACUAACUCACACCUAGUGAACUGCUGUGUAGCUGAAGGAAAAGAAGACUGAAGAGACAAACUGCUGCUCCUGCUCUACUUAUAGACCAUGAAGAGGCCAAAGCAGCAGACAGGGCCCCUGAGUUUCCUAAGCUUUUUCAGCCGAAAGCCCAAAUCAGAGCCAAGGUCCGAGAAGCCUGUGGAAGCGUGGCCCAAAGAGGAAGUAGCCAUCACCCUGACGCCAAGCGAACAUCCAGAGCAGGACCUCAACGUCAGAGCAGAAGAGGGUGGAGACAUAAGAGUUUCUGGAGCAGAAAAAGGAGAAGGAGGAGGUUCGCCAGCAGCAGAUGAGGUUGACUCGAAGGGUGCUGUCACAGGCGAGUGCAUGGGCAGAGUGAGCAGCCGCUCCACUGGUGUCCUGUCCCUCUCUUCCUCCAGCCAAGAGCAGCUCCUGGAUGAACAUCUGGAGGAGUGCCCUCUGUGCCUGCUCAGUCAACCGCGAUGCCACUUCCCACGACUCACCUCCUGUUCCCACAGGGCGUGCUCUGACUGCCUACGUCAGUACCUGCGCAUCGAAAUAUCUGAGAGCCGGGUGGGCAUUGCUUGUCCGCAGUGCUCCGAAACACUGGCACCGCUUGAUGUUCGUGCCAUUCUGAAUGACCAGUCGCUGCUAGAGAGGUUUGAAGAGUACCAGUUGAGGCGUUUUCUGGCUUCUGAUCCAGACACACGCUGGUGUCCUGCGCCUGACUGCAGCUAUGCAGUGAUAGCUUACGGCUGUGCAGAGUGUCCCAAGCUGAUCUGUGGCCGUAAAGGAUGUGACACUGAGUUCUGCUAUCACUGUCGGCAGCUGUGGCACCCCAACCAGACGUGUGACCAAGCCCGGCGUCUGCGAGCCCGCCACAACUCAGGUGGCAAUGAUGCCUCCAUGCUUUACAUCUUCAAUGAAGAACCUGGAGGAGAAGCAGAAGAAAUCAAAGCAUGCCCUCGCUGUGGUGCUUAUAUCAUGAAGACCAAUGAUGGCAGCUGUAACCGUAUGAACUGCACUGUAUGUGCCUGUCAGUUUUGCUGGCUGUGUAUGCAGGAGAUCACGGACGUGCACUACCUCAGUCCUUCAGGAUGUACGUUUUGGGGAAAGAAGCCAUGGUCUCAAACCCGCAAGGUACUAUGGCAAGUGGGCAUGUUGCUUGGAGCACCUGUAGUCAUCUCUCUUAUAGCGGGCAUCGCCAUCCCAGUCAUCAUUGUGGGCAUACCAAUAUACAUGGGCCGCAAGGUCCAUGGUCGUUGUAAGAAAACCAAUAUCUCAGGAAGUAAACACUACUUGACUGUGGCAAGUGGGGUGAUGAUGUCAGUGUUUGUUUCGCCGGUCAUAGCAGCUGUGACUGUGGGUGUAGGUGUGCCUCUAAUGCUGACUUACGUCUAUGGGGUUGUCCCCAUGUCAUUGUGUAGGAACGGCUGGUGUCGACCACAGACUGAGCCCCCUGAAACACAGAAAAUACAACUGGAAGACUUAGCUAGCUAUCUCCUAUUCUCUCACGUAGUCAGCGAUCACUGGAUGGGCCAGAACAACUCAACACUCAGCGAUACCAGUGUCCGGGAAGUCAGAGUCAGUGUACAGGAUGUCGGUGUCCUCCCAAGUACAAGCACCACACCCCUGGAGCGAGAUCAAUAUGUAGAACUGAAUGAAGCCACAAAACGCCAUGGAUAUACUCCGCAGGACAGCCAGUCUGACUGUGAUGUGGUUAGUGUGCCUGACAGUAAGCUUCAGGACACACAAGCGCUUACUUUGAGGGAAGGAACCAAUAACCACAGGGAAGGAACCAAUAUUGAGGUUCGUGUGGAAAUUGAGACCCAUCCCCGAGGCGCCCGCCAGUCCAGCCUAAGUAGCAUUCUGUCUAGCAGAAGCUUGUCAGUGGAGUCAAUGGGACACUUGCAGUCCCAAUCCCAAGACUACAUGUGUGCCUCUGAACUAGAAGACAGACAAGAGUGGGGAGGAAGAGGAGGAGAGGAGCAGGAGGGAAGAGAGAAACUCGGAGGGGAAGCAGGAGACAAAGGGACAGUUUUCCCAGUCUUUCAAACAGAUGGUGUGUGAGAUUGUUUCAUACAGGUUUGGUAUUUGAGUGAAGAUUUAGUGAGAUAUUAUGGAAAUACACAUAUCCAUGAGCUGACAUGACAUUGGACUGACCUGAGAAUUGUUGGUUAACGUCACCUCCUAUUUCAAGACAGUUCCUCCCACCAGAUGCCUUGUAGCUCCACCGCCUGAGGAAGAUGUGGGUUUAAAGGACGCAAAUGUAAAAGUAUGAGUGUGUGUAUGAAACAAACAGCAUGAGAAUGACAAAAACUGGACAGCUAUAAAGCAGAUGUUAGAGCAUGUUUCCUGACUAGUUUUUUUUCUGUUGUCCUUCCUGAAAGAAACUACCUUUCUUUCCCUCAAUUAUAAAAUUCCUGAAGUCCUUUGUU